CCUUUCACCAAGAAAGCCAACCUAAGUCUCCUCCCUCCCCCCAUAAUAAAAAGAAUCCCGGGGGAUCCACCCCACGUGAGUGAUUUUGAUAAGGCGGGCCGGGCUACUUCAUUGCUGGCAUGGCCGUACCGAAGACUACCGGCCGAGAGUCUCUCGUCACGGGAGCGGGAGGCGUGAGUCGGAGGCUGGGCGCGGUGAAUGCACCAACACCCCGGGGCCAACACUUGGGCUCGUGAUAAGAGUGACAGACAGCUGUAGUUGCCGUGCUCGCCGGCUGACGAGCGGCCACCACCAAGGCUAGAGGCUGAUAGUAGUGGCCAGGGCGUGGUGGUGGUGGUGGUGAGAGACAAGAUUAUAAGACCUGCCUAGAUGCAGUCGCUGCCACGCACGCAAUGAAAACUACGUAAUACUUAAUCAUCCCACUGCCAUUACUUGGCAUAAAUCGCUACCUGGUACCUGGCCGGGGCAACCAAUUUAGGGGAAUGCAGUAAUCAGUGCCUCACCUGAUAGACUUAGCGCUAACACCGUCCUCGCCAGGCACUCGCGGCGGCACGAUUAUCGCCGCGCCACAACCCUCCGGUCCUCCUCAUGGUUCAUGUUCGCACGCUAUCACGGACGCGCGCUUGUGGUGAGACGUGACUCUUUAACAACCACGGCUGCAACAGGUUCGUAAGAGUUGAUGCCGAAGAGAUAUAAUUAUAGAAGCCGGGAAAAGCUUGGUUCGACGCGCCAGCCUUCAGGUUUUCGCAUGGGUAAGGGAGUUCAUAACUGCAAGAACACUGGCGCAAGGAGUUUCGUGCGAGUCGAUCUUGAGUGGGCAGAUUGAAGUUUAGACAUUCCCUCAUGACGGGCGUUGCGUGAGUGUGGUGCGGCCCGGCGUAUAUGUCAAGCGAUCUAUCUUGUUUCGAAAAUAUCAAACCCUACACAGACAGCAAGGAAAAUCAAGAACAGGACAAAAGGCAACCAUCACAAAGACAUCCCGAACUAUCUACUACAAGAAAGAAGGAAAAAGAAUUAGCAAAACAAGGAGCACAGAAGGAAACCAACACGAAGGAUAAAAAACACUGGUAAUCGUAGCAUUGGCCGCCACUACUCUGAACUGGACGACCAAGACCUCAAGCGUGACAUCAUGGUUACGCGGUACACCAUAGACCAAAUCCUCUCCCGCGGCAACUCGUCCCCGCCCGAAGCCUCGUCCCCGACCCUCCUGUCCCCUACCACGCCCAUGCACAGCCCGUUAUGGCGACCCACCUCUCUCGACGACCCUUUCAAGACGACCCAGCCGUACCCAGGCGGCGGCAGACACAGGGAACAACGCAGGGAUACUAUGCCUUCGUUCACGUCAGAGAGCGAGGAAAUGCAUAAAAGGGUUGAAGGACGUGAGGACAUGCACUCACUCGCCCGGCCUGUCGCCCUCCGCCCUUCUCACGGCCUCGGUCUGCCCACGCGCGAGUCCCCAGCGCUGGAGGCUUUCGGGUUGAGGCCAGAAGGGGGCUACGGUGGGCUGGAGGGCGGUGCGUACUGGCUCAUGCUGCGGCAAUACAUGGAAGCGCAGUACCAGCUGGGCGGCCCAAGAGGACUCCUGCCCCUACACUUCCAAGGCUUUGACGCAGGUGUGGUGGCGGCGACGGGCUCCGGACGUACGCGGCGGCGCGGCGGUCAGGUGCGGUUCACGGCACAGCAGACCCGCCAGCUGGAGACGUGGUUCUCGCGGCACAAGUACAUCACGCCGCCCCAGAGGAAGACCAUCGCCAGGGAGCUGAGCCUGCACGAGAAGCAGGUCAAGACGUGGUUCCAGAACAGACGCGCCAAGUGGAGGAAAGUGCAGGCCCAGGGCGGCUGUGAGGACGGCGCGGCGGUGAGCUCCCUGGACGUGGACGUGACGGCCGCGUCUCCGGCCUCCUCCCACGACGGCAGCGACAACGACCCCUCAGAGUACAGCCUGGGCGGCGAGGGAGCCUCCUGCCUGGAAGACGCCACGACGCUCUACAACUAACGACGCGAGGACCGCCAGGCGGGGAGCGACGCGCCCCACGCACAGCCAGGUGUGGCCAGGCGGCGUGGCGUGGCCAGGGUUGUCAGAUCUGAGCCUCGGCGCGUUAGCAAGUUCCCUCAACUCUCCUUACCUUCUUAUUUCUUAAAGAAAGAUUAUCUAUUUAUUUAUUUAUAUAUUUAUUUAUUAAUUCCUCACCAGCAUUACAUAGCAGUAUAAGGGGAUAUAAAUCUCUUGCCAGAGAAUCAGCAGAAUGUUGUUAAUUUCAAGGCUGCGCGGCUAUCCAGUCAAUUAGCAGUGCAGCCAGUUCAGGGCCGGGCUGAUUCAUCUCCAAACAGAUUGUUCAUGACCAAAUCUGGCAACCCUGGGCGUAGUGACGGGAGCGUAGCCUAGAGCGUAGACUAACAAGCUGUAGUGGGCGCUUGAAGGAAGAGGAGGAGGAGGGUAGUAGUAGUAGUUAAGGUCAUUGUUAUGUGUGAGUCCAUCUUUCGUCCGUCUGUAGAGCGUAACGCUAACACAAAACUGAGUAAAGAAUCACGUGACUUGUA